AUGGGGAAUUGCGCAUGCCCUCGGGGCGUGGCGGAUGUGGUUGAAGAGGAACUGAACACUGAGGUGACAUAUAAUACUACAUUGGAGUCGACUUGUACACCUGCAUGUCAUGCGUGUGUGUGCAGGUAGAGCCUGCUCCCAAGGAGAUGGCCAAGGCGACGAUGGAGAGCGACACGCGUCCGUUGCUCAAGGACGCGGGCGGCACCCGUCUCAAGAAGGAGGUCACAUUCGACAACGGAGCCGUCUACAACGGAGAAUGGCUCAUCGCACCCGAGGUAUGUAGAAAACAAACAAAAGGAGGGAGGGAGGGAAAACGGCGAGGUGGGAAAAGGGAUUAUUGCUCUUUUGUGUGUGUGUGUGUGUGGCUGUGUGUGCCCCACCUACAGGGUGAGGUCCGCGAUGGUUAUGGUGUGCAGGUGUGGGCUGACGGUGCCCGGUACGAAGGCCAGUGGGUCAACGACAAGGCGCAGGGGAACGGCAAAUUCAUUCACGGUCUGUCUGCCAGUGAGGGAGGCUGUACUGUAAAAGGCUCACGUCUCCCAUCCAUCCAUUCAUCAAUCCACACUGCCUGCCCUUUUUCCUUUCCUUUGUGGGUUUGUCAGUUGACGGCGAUGUGUACCAGGGUCAAUGGCUGGAGGACAAGGCACACGGCCACGGCGUAUACAACCAUGCCGACGGAUCACGGUAUGCAAUGCAUUGCAAGUCAGGCCUCACAUGCACCAUGUGUCUCAUUCAUUCAUUGCUGGCCGUCCGUCCGGGUGUGAUGUGCACUCACUGUUCAUCCAGUUACGAGGGCGAGUGGCACGAGGACAAGCAGCACGGCAAGGGCACCGAGAUGUGGCCCGACGGCGCCAAGUACGAGGGGCAGUACAGCAACGGACGCAAACACGGAAAGGGCGUCUUCUCAUGGGCAGACGUACGGAGGCUCACACUCAGACACAUGAUAAAAGAGAGGGAGACAUGUAUGUGCCUUCCUUUUCCACGUGUGUGUGUACGUGAGGUCAGGGUAGUGUGUAUGAGGGUGCGUUCUACGACAACGACAUCCACGGCUUCGGCGUGUACAAGUGGUCGGACGGCCGCAAAUACGAGGGCGACUGGAAGAAAAACCGAAUGCACGGCAAAGGCAAAUUCACCUGGUCAGACGGGAGGUACGGUCAUUGCAUUGCAUCGCACACCAUCGCACACACACAAGACAAGACAAGACGCCCUCCGAUGGCGACACGUGACGCUUCUCUUCUCUUUUGUGUGGGCUCACACAAACAGAUGCUAUGAGGGCUCAUAUGUCAACGACCAGAAAGAGGGAGAGGUCACACACACACACACGCACGCACACGCACACGCACUCGCAGACAGAGGCACAUUCCGUUCCGUGGAUGUGAUGUCUCCCCCUCUGUGGUGGUGUGUGUGUGUAGGGUACGUUUGCGUGGCCCGACGGCCGUCAGUAUGUGGGGGGGUGGAAGAACGGCAAACAACACGGAAGGGGCACUUACACUACAGGUGCCUGCAUGACGGACGAGAGUGGCAGGCAGUGCGAGAGAGAGAAUAUGCAAUAUGCAAUGUCUCUCUCCCUCUCCCCCCCUCUCUCUCUCUCUCUGCGUGUGUGUGUGUGUCGCUGUGUGUGCAGCCAAGGCCGAGAAGCGCGUUGGCGAGUGGGAGGACGGCCGGCGAGUCAGGUAUCAAUCACAUGUGGAUGGAACGAACGCGGCCGCAGCGUAUGCCUGCCUGCAAGUGUUUUGGUGUGUUUGUGCGCUGCCUGGUUGCCCGCUGGCUGCAGAUGGAUCAAGGAGGAUGACGAUGGCGCCGACUGA